AUGGAGCUCAGCGUCCUCCUCCUCCUGGCUGUCCUCACAGGACUCUUGCUGCUCAUGACCAGGGGCCAGCCAAAGGCUCGUGGACGUCUCCCUCCGGGCCCCCGCCCCCUGCCCUUCUUGGGGAACCUCUUGCAGAUGGACAGAAAAGGUCUGCUCAAAUCCUUCCUGAAGAUACGAGACCAAUAUGGGGAUGUGUUCACUGUGUACCUGGGACCACGGCCUGUGGUCAUGCUCUGUGGGACAGAGGCCAUCCGGGAGGCUCUGGUGGACCAAGCUGAAGCCUUCUCUGGCCGGGGAAAAAUUGCUGUGGUUGAGCCAAUCGCUCAGGGGUAUGGUGUAAUCUUUGCCAACGGGGAACGUUGGAAGGUCCUUCGACGAUUCUCACUGGCCACCAUGAGGGACUUCGGGAUGGGAAAGCGGAGCGUGGAGGAACGAAUCCAGGAGGAGGCUCAGUGUCUGGUGGAGGAGCUGCGAAACACUAAGGGAGCCCUCCAGGAUCCCACCUUCUUCUUCCACUCCAUCACUGCCAACAUCAUCUGCUCCAUUGUCUUCGGGGAACGUUUCUCCUACCGAGAUCCCCAGUUCCUGCGCCUGCUGGAUUUGUUCUUCCAAACCUUCGCCCUCAUCAGCUCCUUCUCCAGCCAGGUGUUUGAGCUCUUCUCUGGCUUCUUGAAGUACUUCCCUGGCUCACACAGGCAGAUCUAUAGAAACCUGCAGGAAAUCAUUGUCUUCAUUGGUCAGAGUGUGGAGAAGCACCGCGAGACUCUGGACUGCUCUGCUCCCCGCGACUUCAUCGAUACCUACCUGAUCCGCAUGGACAAAGAGAAGUCUGAUCCGAAUACUGAGUUCCACCAGCAGAACCUCAUCAUCGGUGUACUCUCGCUCUUCUUUGCUGGCACGGAGACCACCAGUACUACGCUCCGCUACGGAUUCCUGCUCCUGCUCAAAUACCCUCAUAUGACAGAGAGAGUCCAGAAGGAAAUCGAUCAGGUGAUUGGCUCACACCGUGCUCCUGCCCUCAAUGACCGAGCCAACAUGCCAUACACCGAUGCCAUCAUCCAUGAAAUUCAAAGAUUUUCGGACCUCCUUCCCAUUGGCUUGCCUCACACUGUCACCAAGGACACACAUUUCCGCGGGUACAUUAUCCCAAAGGGCACUGAAGUGUAUCCCAUCCUGAAUUCUGCUCUCAAUGACCCACGUUACUUCGAGAAGCCAGAAACCUUCAACCCUGACCGCUUUCUGGACACCAAUGGGGAAUUGAAGAAGAACAAUGCUUUCAUGCCCUUUUCCAUAGGGAAGCGCAUCUGUCUUGGAGAAGGCAUCGCCCGCACAGAAUUAUUUCUCUUCUUCACCACCAUUCUGCAGAACUUCAACCUGGCCACCAACAUGGCCCCUGAGGACAUCGACCUCACCCCCAUGGAGUGUGGUAUUGGCAAACUGCCCCCACCAUACAAGAUCCGCUUCUUGCCUCGUGGUGAAAACUGA